AUGUCGACCCAGGAAUCGAAUUGGGGAGUUGCGUCUUUCGCAACCGUAACAUUUCGCCGUGUCCUCCCGGCGACACUUGACGGUGUAUUGCUCGCCGCAGUUGCAGUUGAACUCGAAGACCAACGGUCCUCUCUCCUCUCCCGCCGGAAUCGGCGUCGCCUCCUUCUUGCACUCUCGACACUUGCACUCCGUAUCUCUCUUCAGCCAUGUGUUCCCUUUGACAGGACAAUCCUCAGUGUCGCACUGGAACUGGCGAAGUGAAGGCUUUGUCUGCGCCAUUCCUGCCAACUUACGCAAGCUCGACAGUCCAAAUUGCGUUUGUGUAAAACAAUCU